CGGAGAGGGGGAAAAAGCCCUAAAAUCUUCUUCUUGAUCAUGGCGUCGUCUGUGAGAGACGAGGAGGACGACACGGAGAAGCAGGAGCGCGCGCCAUUCUUCCAGGGAAGCGGGAGCGUGGCGGAUGCUGUCGACCGCCUGCUCGAUGGCUCCACGCGCUACCUCACCGCCGUCCACGCCGCAUUCAUCCGCUUCCAAGAGCCGCCGCCGGCGUCGGUCAUCCCCAAGGAAUGCCUCCUGUCAGCUCUGCGCCUCUUUCUCCAGACGCUCGCGGAAGAACUGGAUCCAAAGCCCGGCAAGCUUCUCUUCCGGCCGGUGGAGCAGGAGGACCUGGAAGCGAUCCUCGAGUACGACACUUCGCCAGAGAUCGUGGACGUGCCAAUCGACAUCGACAGAUUCGAGCAGCUGGCCCGGCGGCUGAUCAAGCGGGUAGCUUUGGAUCGAGGCAAGAGGCUGGGACUGUUCAUGCUGGGCGGCGUCAUGCUCGUCCAUAUGGCCAAGAGCGUCGUCAAGAAAGUCCCGUUCAUCGGUGGCCCGCUGGGAUGCUUUGUGGACGUUUUGCUUCCAACAACGUUUAUCGGCCCGGCAGUGGGAGUCGCAGGAGCAAUCUACCUAUGAUCAACCCAUAUGUUUAUUUUGUACCAUAGCAAAAGAAAUGAUCACAAUAAGGUUUUACUCGUAGAAUUUUUAAAGAUUAUGACCAUUUAAA